CUGUCGACAACCCUAACAAAAAAAAAAUUACAGAUCACGGAGAUCGCGAUGCAGACGGAGGUCUCGAGGAACUACGCCUCUGCCUCUUCCUCUUCUCCGAUUCAAAGCGUAAAGAGCUCUGAUCGAUCAACUUCUCCACAAAAGAAACUCCACUUUAUUUCUUCAAUUAAUUUUGUCUUAAUGUUUUCGUUUCAUCUCCUCAUGUUCUUUCUUCUUUAUAUACCGAUUAUCUUUUCUCCGAUUCUCUUUUCUCUUUACAAACACAAACCCUACCAGCUUCUCAGAUCUCAACCAUGGCGACGAAACCGAAUGGGAAGUCUCCCGUCUCAUCCGCCUCUGAUGAAAAAGUCAUGUUCUUCCAAGAUGUCUCGCUGGGUUCACACGAAACUCAGCUGCGGUUUCGUCUGAUCCACUUCUGGGAAGCUUGGAAUCCGAUUAAGAAGACGCUUAUCGGCCUUGAGAUGCUCCUCAUCGACGAACAGGGAACGGUGAUUCAAGGAUUCAUUUCGCCAUCGCGUAUUGAAAAGUAUUUGGGUAAAAUGGAGCGAGGAAAAGUUUACAAGCUCGACAACUUCUAUGGAUCGAGUAACAAGUCGGUUUAUCGGGUUUCUGAUCAUGCCGUUACCGUGUCGUUUUCGUGGAACUCUGAACUGUCGGAUCUUCAGAACAUCACCACCCCUUUUGAUGAAGACAGAUUCCGGUUUCAUACGUACGAGGUUUUUGAAGCAAACUGUGACCUCAAAGGAGACCUCUACGAUGUUGUUGGCCACAUGAAGUUGGUAAAUGGUCAUACUCUCACUGAGAGUCCCGUCCUUGACGAAGUGCAAAUAGCAGCUGCGAGGCAUCUUCUGGUUCAUGUGCAAUUACAUGGUGGACCUGUGAUUAAGCUUUACCUUUGGGACCAGGUCGCAACGGAGUUCUGCAGAAAAUUCAAGUCUUGUGAAACCACUCCCACCGUGUUGCUGGUCACGACCGUUAACACAAAGCGUCUAGGAGGAACUCUAGCCCUCACCUCAAUGUCCUCCUCACGGGGUUUUAUGGACUAUGAUUUCCAGCCUACUAUAGAUUACUUCGGCUGGUUGAGCUCAAAUCCAGCUAUUGCUGAGCAGGUUGAUGCAGAGGGGGUAACUAAACGUGAGACAAUGACUAUAGGGGAGUUAUUCUCCUACAUUAAGCAGGAGUCUUCAAAGGAAGCAUUUUUUGAGUGCACGGCUACGAUCGAUGACGUCGUGCGUGACUAUGCUUGGUACUAUAUUUCGUGCAGUGGGUGCCAUAGUAAGGUUACCAAAGGCCCAACCUCAUUGAUUUGUACAAACAACAAGUGUGGGAAGGUUAACGUAGAUGGUGUUGCGCAGUACAUGGCAAGGCUAUCUGUUUAUGACAACAGUGAACAGGCCGUUUUUGUACUACUUGGUGAUGCUGGGCAUGCGCUUACUGGAAAGCAUGCGUCGGAAUUAGUUAGCAACUACUUUGAGGCUAAUGCUAACGAAGGUGUUGACCAAGAGGUGCCUGUCCCGGAAGCUCUAAUCAACACCAUCGGACAAAGUCACAAGUUUUGUGUGAAGGUGACAAAGCACAACCUAUCAGGCAAGACCCGAGCUUUGACUGUGACCAAGAUCCUCCCUCUAGACACUCCAACCGAAACAGUAACCUCAGCAGGAACCAACAUUAGUGCAACGUCGAAUGAAACAUCUCAGACUGGAAAUGAUGUGUGUGAAUCUUCCAAAAGCCGUGUAGGUGCUGCAGAUGCGGGGAGUAAGAGGUCGUGUGACAAUGCUAAGGUGGAGAAAGCUAAAUGCCCAAAGUCUGGGAAGUAGAGGUUGCAAGCUCCAGCGCACUCAGAGUCUUUGUUUUUAGUUUACUUAUUGACUCAUGCUUUUCUUUUAAGUUUGAAUUUUACAGAGCUUUUCACUUUGCAAACAUUUUCUCAUUUGCAUGAAUAUUAGCUAAUAAUCAUGCUCAUGUUGCUCUAUCUGGUUAUGAAUUAAGGCGAGUGAUUUUCUUUCUAAGCU